GGCUAUAUAAAGAGAAGCUCGAGUUGAUAACGUUAUCCAGUCUUUUUGCUUUAUCCCUGGACACACGAACACAGCUCUGUCAAGAUGUACUUUGCAUUUGUCGUUCUGCUGCUUACCUCAUAUAUAAAUGCAAACGAAAUGGAUCCUAAAACAUUAGAGGGAUUCCAGUCGGCAAUAUAUGGGAACAUUAUGGCUCAUUUGGAUGCCGAGUACCAACUACUACAGCCAGAACUUCUUGAGCAUAAUCGCAGCAUGGAAUUUUGCAAAGGAGAAGUAGAAACGGCCCAGGAAGCAUGUAGAAUUUGUGCCAGUAGAGAAUGUGAAGGGGAUUUCGGAGACUGGAUCAUGGGUGGUCUAAGUCACAUGGGUGGUUGGUUCAAGGGAGCUGGCAACAGUUUCGUAGAUUGGAAAGGUUGGGAAGAAAUGGGCGGCUUCUUCGGAAAAGUUGGCAAUUGGUUUCAGGGUGCCGGAAAUAGUAUUGUUGGUUGGAAAGGCUUUGAAGACAUGUCCAACUUUUUCAGCGGAAUUGGCAAUACAUUUUCUAGUGGAUUUAAUUCGGUUAAAAAUGGGUUGAGCAGUUUUGGCAACAAAAUUAGCAACGGACUUGGCAGCUUUGGAAAUAAAAUUGGCAAUGGAUUUAAAAGUGUAGGCAGUGGAUUUAAAAGCGUAUUUGGAAGACGCCGUCGAAGCGUUAAACGCGCCAUGAUGGUUCAUAAACUACGAACAGUAAGACAUCGUUACAUGGCCAAAAGACAACAAGAACUUGACGAACAAACGAGACAAUGCAUGCAAAAAUGUACCGAAUGUACACCAUUCCUUGGUGACCAGACAGCUUUAAUUGGAGGAGUUUGUGGGGAUGACAUCCUAGUGGAAGAGGCAGCUAUGACGGAAUUGAUGUCCAAGAUGCAGGCUCUUUACGUUGCCAAUGGCAAUCCUCUUCAAGGAACAACGCCUAUUAUCUCUAAAAUCGAAUACGAACAGACAGACUUGGACUUUACCGAUUUCAGUGUGGGAGGAGUCUACGUAACGGCAACAACGCCUAACGGUGUAGUUAGAUACGCCAGUAGACACCGCUAUUUGAUGCAAUCUCCACAGACCACAGCCGAUCUGUUCGCCCAAGAACUUAUCGAAAUGUGGAGUUAAUAAUGGAAACAUUUCAAGCAAGAAAACAAAUUUAAAAUUGUUUUUGCUUCUGAAAUCAGUGAACACUUUCAUCGUGUUUAAGUGAAAUGUUUCCUAUUUCAGGGUUGUUGUUGUUACAAAUUGUUGACGUAAAUUGUUAAAAACGUUAAUAAAUAUAUUGACAGAUA